CUGGCGCUGGAGCCGGAGCGGCGGCGGCGGCAUUCACGGGGCGGCGGCGGCGCGAGCUCCGGCACGGGCUCGGGCUCCGGCAUGGUGCAAUCCGGCCUUGUCCCGGGAGAGCGGGGCCCGCGCGCGGGGCCAGCGCCCGGGGAGCGGCGGCAGCGGUGGUGGCGGUGGUGGCUGCAGGCGCAGGCAGGCGGCAGGUGCUAGGAGCGGGGCUGGGCGAGGUGUGUGCCCGCUGGGCUCCGGGGCCGCCGCCCCCUCACUCCCUCUGUCUUUCCCUCCCUUCGUGCUCUCUAGCGCGUCCAACCCCCUGCCUCCGCGCUCCGGCCCAUGGCGCCCCGCGGUUGAGCCGGCGCCGCCAGGGACCCCUCCCGCGGACCUCCCCGGGGCGCGCAGAUCCCGGAGCCGCCCGCCCACCCUCCGCGGAGCCGCCCUCCCCUCCUUGCCGGAGCCGGGCGGGACCAUGGCUGCGAAGCUGCGAGCGCAUCAGGUGGACGUGGAUCCGGACUUCGCGCCGCAGAGCCGGCCGCGCUCGUGUACCUGGCCCCUGCCGCAUCCCGACUUGGCCGGCGACGAGGACGGAGCGCUGGGCGCAGGGGUGGCCGAGGGCGCCGAGGACUGCGGGCCGGAGCGCCGGGCGACAGCCCCGGCGAUGGCCCCAGCGCCGCCGCUGGGCGCGGAGGUCGGACCUCUGCGGAAAGCGAAGAGCUCCCGGCGGAACGCGUGGGGGAACCUGUCCUACGCCGACCUCAUCACCAAAGCCAUUGAGAGCGCCCCGGACAAGCGGCUCACGCUCUCGCAGAUCUACGACUGGAUGGUCCGCUACGUGCCCUACUUCAAGGAUAAAGGCGACAGCAACAGCUCGGCCGGCUGGAAGAACUCCAUCCGGCACAACCUGUCUCUGCACACCCGUUUCAUCCGCGUGCAGAACGAGGGCACAGGCAAGAGCUCAUGGUGGAUGCUGAACCCCGAGGGCGGCAAGACAGGCAAGACCCCGCGGCGCAGGGCCGUGUCCAUGGACAACGGGGCCAAGUUCCUGCGCAUCAAAGGCAAGGCAAGCAAGAAGAAGCAGCUGCAGGCACCAGAGCGGAGCCCCGACGACAGCCCCCCGGGCGUGCCAGUCCCAGGGCCUGCGCCCGCUGCGGCCAAGUGGGCCGCUAGCCCAGCCUCACACGCUAGCGACGACUACGAGGCGUGGGCCGACUUUUGCGGCGGCGGGCGACCCCUGCUCGGGGAGGCGGCAGAGUUGGAGGACGACGAGGCCCUAGAGGCCCUGGCGCCUUCGUCGCCGCUUAUGUACCCGAGCCCGGCGAGCGCGCUGUCGCCUGCGCUGGGUGCGCGCUGCCCCGGGGAGCUGCCCCGCCUGGCGGAGCUCGGAGGCCCAAUGGGCCUGCACGGCGGCAGUGGCGCGGGGCUGCCCGAGGCCCUGCUGGACGGCGCGCAGGACGCUUAUGGGCCGCGGGCCCGCGCCGGAGCGCCCGCCUACUUCGGCGGCUGCAAGGGCGGCGCCUACGGCGGGAGCGGGGGCUUCGGGCCACCAGCGCUGAGCGUGCUGCGCCGCCUGCCCAUGCAGACCAUCCAGGAGAACAAGCAGGCCAGCUUUGCGCCGGCCGCUGCACCCUUCCGCCCGGGAGCGUUACCCGCGCUGCUGCCGCCGCCGCCGCCCGCGCCGAGGCCCGGCCCGGUGCUGGGCGUCCCGGGGGAGCUGGCGCUGGCGGGCGCGGCCGCUGCCUACCCCGGCAAGGGGGCGACCCCGUACGCAACGCCGGCGCCCUCGCGCAGUGCCUUAGCCCACCCCAUCAGCCUUAUGACGCUGCCCGGCGAGGCGGGCGCAGCGGGCCUGGCACCGCCCGGCCACGCGGCCGCCUUCGGGGGCCCACCCGGCGGCCUCCUGCUGGACGCGCUGCCCGGGCCGUACGCGGCCGCAGCCGCCGGGCCGCUGGGCGCUGCUCCCGACCGCUUUCCGGCCGACCUGGACCUCGACAUGUUCAGUGGGAGCCUCGAGUGCGACGUGGAGUCCAUCAUCCUCAACGACUUCAUGGACAGUGACGAAAUGGACUUCAACUUCGACUCGGCCCUGCCUCCGCCGCCGCCGGGCCUGGCCGGGGCUCCGCCCCCCAACCAGAGCUGGGUGCCAGGCUGAGGGUCGCCUCCCCACGCCCGUGGUGCCCCGGCCCCGCCCUCACGGGGCCUCUGUCUUCCCAUCCCGAUCCCCGGGUCCCCAUCCCCGAUUCCAGCCCCACAGCAGGAUCUAGGAGGCAGCACAGCCCUGCUAGAGACAUCCCUCAGCAGUUGACCGCCGAGGGAAGCGGUAGGGAGGGGCUGGGGCACCUCACCGUUCCCGCCCCAACUCCUCAGACCCGCUCCUCUUCCUCCUGGGGCAGGAAGCGCGGGAAAGGCGGCUGCGUACCGGGCUGGGUAGGAGCGGAGAAGAGCAACGUGGGCCGCCUGGUGUGGCCGCCGGUCGGAGAAGCGAACCAGGAGAUGGGGCGGGGUGGCGUCUCCGAAUCUUCGGUUUCCUUUGCUGGGCCCUCGCCCUGACGGACUGCCCACUCCAAAUUCCCCUCUGAUUCCCAACCGACACUGUUUCCCACCGGUCUUCACCUCGCUUAUCUCAGGCCAGCAACUCUCCCGAAAACACAACUACUCACUGGCCACCCACCCUGAACAGCCCUUCUUUACCCCUAGUCCAUCCUACCCCCACCCCGCCCCCCAGGUUCAGCCGCUCCCUCCCUCCGGACCUAGCUCUUGCCCUCCUCGUCGGAGUCAAUCCCUCUUUCUUCCUCCUGUCACCCCAGUACUGUGUCAGCCUCUCCAGCGGGUUUCAGCUCCGGAUCCACCCUACCUCCCGACACCCCCUUUUCCAAGCCAAUCCUGACUCCUCUCUCCCAUAUUUAUAAGUGUCCGGUCGGGGCGGGCGGUGGGCGCGGCGUCCCCGGCGCGUAUCGUAGGCAGUGUACCGUGGCCGUGCCGUCAGCGUGUGCGUGUGUGCCGUGUCGAGGCCGUGUAGAGUGCAUUG